ACGAAUUUGUUGUACCUUCCCAAACACGAAGCUUCUACGCCGGUUUUCUGUUUGACAGGUGAUCACUCUGUCCUACAGCGCUUCACACGCCGUCCAAAGACUUUAGUGACUUGCAGAGGACUCGGUUUUCAAAGGCCAGCGACGACACCCUCUCUCAAUUUUUUCUCUUGAUCCUCUUGACCUUCUCCGGAAACUUCAGCUCCAGCCAUGGCCAAUAUCAUUGACCUGGACGCCGAAGAGGCCCCAAAGCCCCGCAUCCUCGUCAUCUCCCUCGAAUAUCUGGAGUCCUUCGACGACAUCGUCAGCCAAUUCCUGACUCCCAUGCUCGAGCUGGCCAUUGUCCAGCGCGUCAAGAAGGCCGCCACCCUCACCCGUCUCCUCUCUAAGGAGGAUGCUGAGCCGUACUCCGCCCUCGUCCUGACCGACGCCGCGCUCACCCUUCCCGAGAACCUUCCUCUCUGGGAGCAAGUCCUCGCUUACCUGCGCCGCACCGGCGCUACCGCCGUGCUCACCGGCCAAGUUGCUAACUUUGCCAUCCCCGACGACCUGGACGAGUUCUUCCGUGUCUCUGGCCUCCCCGACUGGAAGGGCGGCAUGUACCAGCGCAACAUCGUCGUGAUGAACGAGAAGGCGGACGGCAUCCGCGACGCCACGCACUUCGACUAUCGCAACAAGAACGGCCUUAAGACUAUGUACAGCGUCAAGUCGCUGUGCCUUUCGGGGGUGAGGACCGAGCACAGGUGGUACGUCCCCGACGCCAACCUGGAUGACGGGGGCGGUAUCCUGAACCUGCCUGGGAUGCUUGCCAGAGGCCCCGAGGGUCGGGACCCGGAGCGGGUUCACCUGCAGACUGCGGUGGCAUACGGUCCCGUGGGCGAGAAGGGCAGAAUCGGCUGGGUGGGCGAUGUCAACAGUGAGGAGCCCUCAUGCAAGGUCAUUUUGGCCAUGUGCGGGCUUGAUCCGGCCAAGGCUAGUAUUGAGCCAUAUCAGUCCUCCACCUCUGGUUCCGCUGCAAUGCGGUGGGAUGCUGGACAAGGACGUUUCGUCAAGGUCUAGGGCUGAACGUUUUGUGAAGAGCCAGCCAGUUUGGCGUGCGGAGGUGUCUGAAGAGGGAUUCAGAAGUAGGAUCCGGGUAUUCAUGUUUUGCACGUUCACGGCCAAAUUCUGGUCAAUCCAUGCUGUAUGCAAGUUGUGCGAUCGAACGGUCACCAGCUAUUUCUCUAUGAGAAUGACUUCCGGUCCAAGGGUCACGCGUGCGGAGCUUGA